GGGAACUUCAUCAUCCUUACCCCUUGCCAUUUACCCCUCCAUUAUGACGUCCCAACCAUAUAGUGAUAGCAAAUCCGUCACUGAUACACCUCCCUCAUACACCACAACUUCCACGUUUGAAUUAGCAGAUUCUCUCCAACUCAGACGAUUUCACUUUCUACAAAGCAAGCAGACACGAAAUAUUGUUCUAACUUGCAUCCGCGAUAUUGUCUCUGCUCCUGAUUUCACCCCUUCCUCUGUCAUCCCAAUCGUCAACGCUUGCGCCGCUGCGCUCUUUGCUUCUGAAUUCUUCGACCUUCUUCAAACACCCAAUAUCGAGGGCCACACGGCACUCUAUUGGGCAAUAGUGAAUGAGCGACGAGAAGCAUUUUCGGCGUUAUCCAAAUUCAUUCACAAAAUUUCGUCGACCUGCUCCUCCGACCUGCGCCUCGCAUGCAUGGUGACUAACGACCAGGCAUUAUUUUCGCAGCUAAAUUUAGGGAAUGUUAAUUCCAAGGAUGAGCCUUUGAGGCGUUCUUUAGGUUCUUCUCCUGACGAGGUUCAGGUGGACUCAGAGGACGGACUGGGCAAAUCCCAGUUUAUUGCUCGUCUCCGCAUCAGGAAGCUGGAGAAACGCCUGCUUAUCACAGAGGAAGUGGGCAUAGAAUUUGUUGCGGGGGGACGUAUAUGGCUGUUUCGAUUUUAUAUGACAUGUGAUGGAAGGCUUGAGUCUUGCCGAGCACAGCCUUCCAGUGCGCCCAAUAGGCAUGAUUCAGAUCGAGACUCAAAGUGGAGAACCUGGCUCUGCAUCCUCGCCUUCAGGGCUGGAUUUUCCGUACUCCGAGGAGUCCGGUAUGCUUGCACCUGCUGGGAUGCACGAAAAAUAUCACUUGAAGGACGAUAAUGAAAAUAUCUAUGUCAGCAUUCACUGGCCGAUGGACAGAAAAACCAGAUAUGUGGAUUGCGACGGCACCCUACAUUUAACGAUAGAGAUGACAUUAAAUUAGUCAUGGCAGGCUAGUACUAGUAGCUUAUGAUACUUACGGUUUACCGAGUCCGGAAGUUGGCAGUGACGAUCUUUACUGGUCAGUUAAUAAUGUGAUAUAUCAUGUACGACUAAAACUACUUGAUCGCUUUGACCACAUCUCAUUGUCAGAGACAUU